GAAAGAAAAUUGUAAUUGCAAUUUCAAUGGCAUGUUUAUCUGCUCCACUGCUGUUCUGUGUAAAAAGAAGCAAGCCUCAGCUUAUCGUGCCAUCAACCUCCACACCUCAUCAACAAAAACCGCUUUCCGAUCUCGAUGAUCAAGGCAGCAUUCGAGUUCAUAUUCCAGUUUUGAUGUUUUACAGGAACAGUGUUGAAAGGAGAGGGGAAGAAGAUCCAGCAAUGGCUAUCAAAGAAGGGUUAGCUAAAGCACUUGUUUUCUACUAUCCCUUGGCAGGUAGGAUUUUUGAAGGGGAGAAUGGGAAACUUAUAGUGAAUUGCAAUGGGAAAGGGGUUUUGUUUGUUGAAGCAAAAGCCAAUGUUAAGGUUGAGCAGCUAAGUGAUAAAUCCAUGCAUCCACCAUGUCCAUACUUGAACCAACUCCUCAUCAACACUGUGCCUGGCUCCAAAGGGAUCAUUGAUUGCCCUCUUCUACUUAUCCAAGUAACCCGUUUUAGUUGUGGUGGCUUUGCAUUGGGAAUUCGGUUCAACCAUACUAUGAUGGAUGGCCAAGGGUUGAUUCAGUUUGUAAAUGCAGUGAGUGAACUUGCAAAGGGUGCUUCUGCUCCUUCAACACUUCCGAUUUGGGAGAGAGGCCUCUUAACUGCAAGGCCAACCCCAACCAUCACCUGCGAACACAACGAGUUCAAGGAUUUCGAGUUGUCCAAGACUACAAGGUGGUGGGACUUGGAAAAAUUGUUGCGUACAAACAAAUUCAUCAACAUACAAAAGGUAAUGAGUGACCCGUGUUUGUUUUUUAGCAAACAUAUAUGCCACUCCCUCGUGAUCAAACGCUCAUUCACUUUUGGGUCAAGAGAGUUGCAAGCUAUCAAGGACCAAUGCCCCUCAAGUACCACAUUCGAGGCACUUUCUGCGUGCUUAUGGAAAUGUCGUACCAUUGCUCUCCGACCAGACCCUAAUUCAACCAUGCUAUUGACCAUUGUUGUCAAUAUUCGAGAAAGAUUGCAGGACCCCAAACGCCCCUUGGAUACUACGGUAAUGCCGUCGUGUCGGCAGCCGCGGUAACCACAGCCAAGUUGUUGUGUUCAAAUCCGAUAUCAUACGCGGCCAAGUUGAUUAGGGAGGCUAAAAAUACUGUUAACGACGAUUAUGUUAAAUCGAUUAUAGAUCUUAUGGUGACUAAGGGCAGACCAAGGGGGGCUAUACUAAGGAACUUCUUAAUAACAGACAAUUCAAGAUUUGGAUA